AUGGUCUGCAGCAAGUGUGCCAAGCUCGUCACUGGGACGUCGCUGGCCACGCCUGGCGUCAAGAAGAAGAAUGAAAUAUACUAUGGGUCAGCAGCCUCGUCUUCGGCCAGCGGCGCUAAGAAGUCGGCCACGCUGGGCCAGAACGGUAUUGGCAAGAGCAAAUUGACUUCAAAAGCUGCCAAGAAUCCAUACGCGCAAUACUCGAGUUCCUGCGACAAGUGCAAAGUCAAAGUUGCGCAAGGACACAAGUACUGCCACAAUUGUUCAUACAAAGAAGAUGGUGAGCUUGAUUGGUCUAUUUUGCAUUGA